AUGGAGGACGAUAUCAUCCCAACCUUUCCCCCACUCCCGCGCGCACUCUCGGUUGCGAUCGAUCCGAUUGCGCUGGUCACAACAGAAUGUAUCAUUAUCACCUCGGCAAUGCGGAAGAAUGCCAGGUGGGCACAGAGCAGCGUGAGUGUUAUUCUCGGGGGAGGUGGAAAUUCAGGGUUGAUUGGAGCUGGAGGGACUCCUAGUAGUGGGAUGUCAACGCCAGUUCCGGGAAGCCCUGCCGCAAGCUUGCAAAGAGGGAGGGUAGGCGCGAAGGGUGUUCUGGACGAGUUGAAUGGGGACGUGGGGUUAGCGGGGAGGUGGGGGUUGAGGGGAAAAAAGGGAAAGAGCAUACAGGAUAACCCGCUUAUGGCGGCAUUUUCAAAACUCAGAGUAGAUCUACAGGAUUGCAAAGAUAUUAGAACAUUUGAUACGCCUUCCCUCCUUCAUCCCUUUCUCCAAGUGAUCCGUUCCUCCUCAACCUCCGGCCCAAUAACUUCCCUAGCCCUCAUUAGUAUUUCAAAGUUCUUCUCAUAUGGACUCAUCUCUAGUACCUCGCCAAGGCUCUCCACGGCUAUGCAGCUCCUCUCAUCAGGAAUCACCCAUUGCCGUUUUGAGGCCUCCGAUUCGGCACAAGAUGAAGUAGUCCUGCUACGUAUCCUUAAGCUUAUGGAGAUGAUGAUCUCAGGUCCUGGUGGCGCUCUGCUGGGAGAUGAGAGCGUGUGUGAAAUGAUGGAGACAGGAUUGAGUAUGUGCUGUCAAAUGAGACUCUCCGAAGUCCUCAGAAGGAGUGCGGAAAUGAGUAUGGUAUUCAUGUGCCAGGUUGUUUUUGAACGACUGAAGCAUCUGGAAAUCGAGGCGGAGGAUGAGGGCACAAACCUUGAGGAUGGGUAUUCGGGGGAUCAGAUGGGAGCCGUGAAAAUGGAACCAUCAGUUAAUGGAGAAAAUACAGCCAUCCAGCCUCUGCAGCCUUCUGAUGGUCGACCAUCUACCGAUUUAGUCAUAGACACGAGUAGAGAUCAACCAACGCCGACUCUGACUGUUGCACCUGUGAAUAUGGAUAAAGCGCCCGACUCAGAAUCAAGCACGGAGAUUGCAGAGAUUAAGCCCUAUUCACUCCCUUCUAUCAGGGAAUUACUAAGGGUCCUGGUGGAGUUAUUAGACCCUCAUAAUAAAACCCAUACAGACACAAUGCGAGUCAUGGCCAUGCGAAUUAUUGAUGUUGCGUUCGAAGUUGCGGGACCUAGCAUUGCAAAACACCCAAGUCUGGCAACCCUUGCUAAAGACGAUCUAUGCCGCUACCUCUUCCAAUUGGUCCGUAGUGAUACGAUGAGUAUUCUCCAAGAAUCACUCCGCGUCACAGGUACCGUCCUAGCAACCACACGCGGAGUACUUAAGCUACAACAAGAGCUAUUCCUGAGCUACGUGGUCGCAUGUUUACAUCCCCGAGUUGAGAUCCCACGAGAACCAGGAAUAGAUCCAAUUCUGUACGAGGGUGUCCCACAGGCCCCGAAAUUAGUCAAACCGGGACCGAGUCAAGGGAGUUCUGGAAGGAACACACCAGUUCAGGUGAAAGAGAGGCAGAAACUAGGCUUAGAGGGUGGAACAAGAAGGCCAGAUGCACGUGAGGCAAUGGUGGAAAGUGUUGGUGCGCUCGCAAGAAUACCAACCUAUAUGGUGGAGUUAUACGUGAACUAUGACUGUGAGGUUGAUCGGAGUGAUCUAUGUGAAGAUGUGGUGGGGUUCUUGAGUAGGAAUGCUUUUCCCGAUUCAGCAACAUGGAGCACCACGAAUGUUCCUCCAUUAUGUCUGGAUGCUUUAUUGGGAUAUAUCUCAUUUAUUUCUGAUCGACUCAAUGAUCACCCUCACACAGAAGGCCUCCCCUCACCCGAUGUCCUUAGGGCGCAGCGCUCCCUUAAGCAGACCGUAAUCCGGGGCGCUGCCCGUUUCAACGAAGACCCCAAAAAAGGAAUUGCAUUCCUCGUUUCACAAGGGAUCAUUGACUCUGCAGACAACCCUGCGUCCAUUGCAAAGUUCCUACAAGGAACUACUCGUCUUAAUAAGAAAGUCCUUGGAGAGUAUAUAUCGAAGAAGCAGAAUGAAGCGAUACUUAAAGAGUUUAUGGAGAUGUUUGACUUUAGAGGGAAGAGAGUCGACGAGGCAUUGAGGGAUAUGCUGAACUCAUUUAGAUUGCCUGGGGAGAGUGCACUGAUUGAGAGGAUCGUAGAGAGAUUUAGUGAGUUAUAUUGUGGACCAGCGAAGCCUGAGGAGGUGGCGGAUAAGGAUUCGGUUUUCGUCCUCACUUAUGCCAUUAUCAUGUUGAAUACGGAUCAACAUAACCCAAAUCUUAAGCAACAAAGUCGUAUGAAAUAUGAAGAUUUUGCUCGAAACCUUAGGGGUGUGAACGGCGGAAAGAACUUCGCGCCGGAAUACCUUCAAGCUAUAUACGACACGAUUCGUACAAAUGAGAUUAUUUUGCCCGAGGAACACGAUAAUAAACACGCGUUUGAUUCAGCGUGGAAGGAGUUGCUUAUUAAGGCAUCAUCUAACGGAAAUCUCACUAUCUGCGACACCAAUAUCUACGACGCUGACAUGUUCGCAGCGACUUGGAAACCGAUUGUAGCGACAUUGAGCUACGUUUUUAUGUCUGCCACUGACGACGCCGUAUUCCAUAGGGUCAUUACUGGGUUCGACCAAUGCGCGAUGAUUGCGGCAAAGCAUGGACUUAAGGAUGUGCUAGAUCACGUCGUAAGAUGUUUAAGCACAAUAUCCACAUUGGCCACCGAAAAACCACCCAGCACAAGUCUUAACACAGAGAUACAAGUCAAGGGGAACAGCGUAAUGGUUUCUGAGCUUGCGGUAAAGUUUGGAAGAGACUUCAAAGCGCAAUUGGCCAUGGUGGUCUUAUUUCGAGUAAUUACAGGGAAUGAGGAGAUCCUGAAUAAGGGAUGGGAUCAAAUCGUUAGGAUAUGGUUGAAUCUUUUUGUCAACUCGCUCAUCCCUCCAUUCUUUGCACAGAGCGACAGUGGGUUGGAUAUUCCACCAAUUCAGUUGCAGACACCGAGUGUAGUGAUUGAAAGGAACCAGGCAACGAGAGAUGUGGGGUUAUUUUCUGCCCUGAGUAGUUAUCUGUCGAGUUAUGCGAGUGAUGAUCCGCCGGAGCCGAGUGAUGAAGAGUUGGAUAGUACGCUGUGUACUGUAGAUUGUAUAAAUGUUUGCCACCUGGGGGAUAUGUUUGCAAAUAUCAUGCACCUUGACGCCGCCGCGCUGGAUCCCCUGGUUACUUCGCUACUGGCGCAACUACCAAAUAUUGAUGACGACGACGAUGACGAAAAUGUUGUUGUUCUGAAACCAGAUUAUAACUCGCCCACAAACGGAACUCACACGGUCAAUAAGGGACCUAAGUAUGAUCCUGCGGUGGUGUAUGUACUCGAAUUCGCAACGAGCUUGGUGCUUAAAGAUGAAUCGACUGUUGCUACACAUGGGAAGGUACUUGCAGAUACACUUAUGGGGAUUAUCCGAAAUUCGACUCGCGUGCAUAGCAUUAUCGUCUCGAGGGUAGUCUAUUACCUAUUCUCACUCCUUCAAGCAAGCCAUGAGCACUCUUUCUUGAAUGUUCCUGUUGUCUUACAUUCCAUCGCGGCGCUUGACAAGACCCUGCUGGACAAGGCGGCUUCGUUAGUAAUCAAGGGACUUUCAAAGUGCGCAAAGAGCGGAUCAUCGUCGUUGAAAAGCGAGAUGAUUAAUUCUCCAGAUUUUUGGGUGUUAUUCAGAGCACUUCUUCCGAAUGUGGAUGCAUGUGCUGAGGUGUUUGGUGUGAUGGAGUUUAUCACUACUGAGAGUCCCGGAAAUGUUACGAGUGAUAACUAUGUUCCUGUUGUGUCAUUAUUGAACGAUUUCGCGAGCGCCGGGAGUGUUGGGAGUGUCUUUGAGCAGAAGCAGGAUAAAUUGGCUCGACGAGGGAAGGCGAAGAAGCUGGUGGACCGUCCGGAUUCGGAGGUUGUUUUGAGGGGUGUGAAAGCAGUUCAUAUGAUUUUUCAACUCACUUCUAGAGUGCCAACUCUAAUCUUGCAAUCUCACCUGGAAAAGAAAGAAGCUUGGACAACUUAUUGGACGCCAAUCCUUGAAUCUCUCAGCGCACAGUGUAUCAAUCCAUGUCGUGAAAUUCGAGGCCAAGCGUUCACUUCUUUGCAGCAAUCGCUUCUCUCGCCGGCGCUCACAUCUGAUGACCAUCACGAGUGGACGGCGAUUUUUGGGGAUGUUUUAUUUCCUCUUAUAAACCGCUUGCUCAAGCCGGAAGUGUAUCAGUCAGAUCCUAGAGGCAUGAGUGAUACCAGGGUUCUGGCUGCUACUAUGCUUUGCAAAGUAUUUUUGCACUACCUGGUGAUGCUAGCAGAGUGGGAUGGAAUGCUGGAUCUAUGGUUGAAAAUUUUGGAUAUCAUGGAUAGGCUCAUGAACAGUGGACAAGGUGAUCAUCUUGAGGAAGCGGUACCGGAGAGUCUGAAAAAUGUUCUCCUAGUUAUGGCAAGUGGGAAAUAUCUUGUUCCACCAGAGGAGGAUGCUACUGGCGAGGAGUUAUGGAACCAAACGUGGAAACGACUGGAGCGAUUCCUGCCAGGCUUCCUUGCAGAAUUGUUCCCUCCAUCACCUCCGCCGCCACCGCCGCCAGCAUUGAAAGAAGAGCCCACAGAAAAGUUGGAAGCAGACAGCGCAGUCGAGGCUUCUUCAGAAGUUCCACCUGCCUCAUAG